AUGAUCGGUCUGCUCCUACUCCUCACCAGUGCCGACGCAACCUCUAAUGCGACGGACGCGCACCACAACCACGUCCUCCGCUCGCUGCUGCAGGAGAUGUCGGCCGGCGCCUCGCAGCACGCCUCUAUCCCGAUCCACGCCGCUGCGGUCAGGGGCGACGUGCUGGCUCUCACCAGACUCCUGGAGGCCGAUGUCGAUCCCAACUCAAUCGAGGGCGAGAGGGUGGAGCCGGUCACCGCAUCCACGCCGCUCAUGCUGGCUGCGAGGCGCGGCGACGUGGAGCUGGCGUCCCUGCUCCUCCAAUGCGGAGCACGAGUGGGCUCGGCGGGAGGCCACGGAGUGACGGCGCUGCACCUCGCCGCCAACGGUGGGGAGACGAACAUCGCCUCGGUCCUGGCGGCGCAGCUGGACGACCCGGACUUGCGCACCUCCAACGGGCAGACGCCGCUGCACUUUGCGGCUUCGGCCGGGAGGGUGGAGGUGAGCUGGCUGCUGCUGCAUCGUGGCGCGGAUGCGGCGGCGCGCGACGCGUCCGGGAGGACGCCGCGCAUGCUCUCCGAGGAGGCGGGGCAGCGCGGCUGGGAGGCAGCAUUUGAACCCUAG